AUGAAUCCACACAUUGAGAAUUUUACAGCAGAAGAAAGAAUCUUCAGGGUUAAUUUUAAAGUCACCGAUGGAGAUUCAUACGAAACAAAACUUGCCGAUCCAUCGACGGAAGAUUUUCGAAUAAGAGCAAGAAAUUAUAGAGAGAGACUGAAUUUAAUUUUUCGAAGGAGUUCACUUCGUCCGGCAUUUUUAAAAACGGAUAUCCUUGCACUUGAUGGAAAUGAAGGCGAAGAUCUUGUCGUGCAUUUUAACGUUCAUUUCGACGCUAGAAAAAUGGCCAUCACGACGACAGACGUCGAGGAAAUUCUUUCUAAGGAAAUCACUUUGGAACAAUCACUUUACUUAACGAAUCUCACCAUUCCCUUAGAUAGUUUAGUGAUAAGAGAAAAUAUGGAUGAUUUGACGACAAAUUUACCGGCAACGACAACGAUACCCUCGUCCACGACUAAAAGGCCACCGAGACAAUGUUCGCCCCUUUCGUUAGAAUAUUGUUCUAAAAUGUCCUACAAUACAACGUCGUAUCCCAACAUCGUCGGUCAUUCAAAUUAUUUUCAAGUUUUAGAUGAUGUAAUUUCAUUUAGAGAAAUCGUUGAUGCAGAAUGUUAUAGGUUAGCCUAUGAAUUUGUUUGCCUUAUUUUACAACCACCUUGCGAAAAACGAGGCGGUGCGAAGGAGGAGGAGGAGGAGGAUUUUUUAGUUAUGCCUUGUAGAAGUUAUUGUAACGAGUUUAUUAAAAACUGUGGAAGUCGAAUUUCAUCUAGAUUUAUGAACUUCUUAGAUUGCACGAAAUUCAGUGAAUUCAGUGAUACCGGAAUUUGCGUACCGAAACCGAAUUGUGUUGAAGAAUUACAAUCGCAGGGAUUGGAAUCGCGUUUAUGCGAUGGUGUCAUCGAUUGCGUGGAUAUGUCGGAUGAACUAUCAUGCAGCUAUUGCCAAGAAGGAUUUAUGCAUUGUGGAGUUGGUCGAACUUGUAUUCCGUUAGAGAAAAAGUGCGACGGUGUUGACGAUUGUCCAAAUGGUAGCGAUGAGAAAAACUGUCUUUCCGUAUUACCAUCGAUGUCGGCUUCGAAAAAUUUCAUAAAUUCUCCUCAUACGCACAGAUAUUUUGAUUCUGGACUUGUGACUUACAACAGAAAUGGUCAAGUUGGAAAAUUGUGCGUGGAUAAUUUUAAUGUUACUAACGAAGAUGAAGAAGAAUCAAGGGAACUCCAAGACUUGGCUGACUCAUUAUGUCAGUUGACCCCAUAUAAAAAAGCUGUUAGCUACAAAGUUAAAAAAGACAAAGAGACUGAUUAUUUGCUUUAUGUUCAAAUGGUGGAUGAAAAUAAGUUUGUUCCUUCCGAGUGUCCAGAUAAAAAUAUACUUCAAGUAAAAUGUAAAGAUUUGCGGUGCGGCGUUCAAGUUUUGCAUUCGAAACCGGGAGUUGAAGGGCUUAACAAAAUGGCAAGCCAUGGGGAUUGGCCGUGGCAUGUAAUACUCAUGAAAGACAACGUUCAUUUAUGCGAUGGAACUUUAAUAUCCCAAGACUGGGUGUUAACCUCAGCUUCUUGUUUUCAAGGUCAACAAAAAGCUGUGUGGGUUGCACGGCUCGGAAGUGUAAGACUGAGCAGUUCUUCACCCUGGGAUCAAGAAAGACAAAUAAUAGGAAUGUUAAAAUCUCCCGUAGAAGGGAGUACAUUGGUUUUGCUCAAAUUAAACGAACCCGCAAUUUAUUCAGAUUUUGUUAGGCCAGCCUGUCUUCCUGAUACAUCCGUACCUAUGGAAAAUUACACUUAUUGCACUACGUUAGGUUGGAAUACCAACAGAGAACAAUUGCAAAGAAUUGAUGUAAAAAUGACACAAAUGGCGCCAUGUGAAAACAUAAGCAUAACAACGGUUAACAGUUUGUGUGCUGAAUCAUUUUAUUCUGAAAGAGAUUGUAACGAAGAAGAAUUUGCCGGAAGUCCAAUGUUGUGUUUAUCUCUUGAACAACAACAGUGGCACCUUAUUGGUGUAAGCAAUUGGAGAAUAGCAUGUCAAAAAUUGGGAACCGAAAGACCACGUCUAUACGAUAAAACUUUAUCAAAUCUCGAAUGGAUAAAUGAAACCAUUUUUAACGGAUGA